AUGACUAAAAGUGGGAAGAAGGGCAACCUUCAUGUUGUAGAGGAACUGUACAAUCAAAUACCAGAAUUCACUGAUGUAUUUUCUGAAGACACAUUCUAUGUGUUUGUUGUGUGCUUUGUUCUGUCUACAAUAUUGGUAGCAUUUAUUCUGUCUAGAUUUAUAACUAUAAAACCUGUAGAGUAGAAUUGUUAUCCAAAGAUGUGGUGUAUUUAAUAUAUUAAUGAAAACUAAGAAUAA